AUGUUGGCAUAUGGUACCGCUCCAGAUGCCGUGGAUGAAUAUCUACGCCUUGGUCAAACAACCACUAAGAAGGCUUUGCAACAUUUCUGUCAAGGGGUUAUAACACAUUUUGAAGCUAACUACCUAAGAAGUCCCACAUAUGAAGAUUUAAGGAGAAUCUUGCAUCAAAAUGAAAUGCGUGGUUUUCCUGGCAUGAUAGUGAACGACCAUGAAUACAACUUGGGCUAUUACUUAGCAGACGAUAUUUACCCAAGAUGGGCUACCUUCAUUCAAGGUAUAACACUUCCUCAACUUCGCAAGGACAAAUUAUUUGCUGAUAAACAAGCUGCAGCUCGAAAGGACGUUGAACGAGCUUUCGGAGUUUUACAAGCAAGGUUUGCCAUACUACGACAACCCUCACUUGCGUUUGACGAAGACAUUUUGUGUGACAUAAUGAAAGCUUGUAUCAUUAUGCAUAACAUGAUUGUUGAAGAUGAACGACAAAACUACACUCGAGCCGAAGUUUUGAGAAGGUACUAUGAAGAAGAUCGACCACAAAGUUUAAGACCAAGUACAAGUGCCACAGUGAACAAUAACGAGCCUUUUGAAUUCAAUGUUGGCCGACCUCCUAACGUUGAUUUUGACACGUAUGUUCAGAGAAGAACUUCCCUACGUGAUAGAGAAACUCAUGUUUCUUUAAAAGCGGAUUUAGUAGAGCACAUUUGGAAAAAAUAUGGUUCUAAUGAUGAAUAA